AUGAUGUGCGCCGAGCGUCCUGUGCCUCCCCCCGGAAUGGCAAUUCCUCUCAAGCCGCUGCUCGGCCCGAGCAAUGACUCUCUAAAGCAAAUAAAGACAAAUCAUAACCCGCGUUCUAACCGUUGGCCAAGGAAGAGGCUACCAUCUAUUGCUAUCAUUAUGUCUCUGCUGCGGGUUGGUACUUCCGUGGCUUCAGUAUCACGAAGAAUUGUGGGGAAAGCUCCUCCACGGAUCUCGCGAGGCGUCGCGACAGAAGCGCCCACCGUUGUAAGGAAGGAAGAGGAGAAGUCGGGAGACAUCGCUGUUCAACCUACUCGGGAUGUCCUGGUUGCGGAUGUCAUCAGCGGGGCUCCAAAUGAGCUGCGCCACCGCUCUGUGCGCAUAUACCAACCCACUCGCAACACCAUGCAGUCCGGCUCAGGAAAGUCGGAACGGUGGCGCAUUGACUUCGAUACUUUAGCAGGUGCUGGACGCUGGGAGAAUCCUCUCAUGGGCUGGGCUAGCUCAGGAGAUUAUAUGCAGGGCACCCGUUUGUCUUUCCGAAGCAAAGAGGAUGCCAUGCAUUUUGCUGAGAAACAAGGUUGGGACUACUAUGUGCAACAAGAAACCGUCAAGCGCAUUCCUCCCAAGAACUACGCAGAGAACUACGUCUACAAACCACACACUCUCAGAAUAAUGAGAACUAAAUAG